AUGCAAACCGAAGUGAUGCGGUUGCCUGAAUCUCUCAGUAACCCCCUGCUUGGGCUCUUUCAGCCCUUUGUAACGUUCCGUGUAGGGUCUUGCUUGUGCCUAGCUAAGCUGCUUUCUCGUGGUGUUGGAGAAUAUAUUUAAGGACUGAUGUAUUCUCUGUUAUUUCCCCCCCAUGCCUGGGGUUCCAGUGUGAAGGGGUUUGUCCAGAUAUUAGGGUGUUUGGACUGGGAAGUUUUGCAGACAAAGUGUCUCUUCCUUCAAAUUCACUUAAUGCUGAUAUUGCCACCAUGGAGAUGAUGGGGGCAGCAGGCGACACUGAAUGCAGAAAUUAAAGAGUACUUUUACAUGGAGCCUGGGGACACUUGGGAUCGUCAUACAAGACAAUACGUCAGUGAAAGUACAGGAAAUUAAAGAUGCCACGCGUUUAUUAACCCACUGAAGUCACACGUGGCAACUUUAAUCAGCUAGCACAGAUAAUGCUUUGUAGCCAGCAAAAUACUGUUGGGAGUGUACUGAUAAUUCAUAGGGUUUUCAAGUGCUGGGUUUAUAUUUGAACUCUGUGAAGGGCAUAUCGGCAGCUCUACCUCACUUCAGUCGAUGCCAUUGGACAUGAUUUGAUCCAUAUGAAGACACAGGAUAUCGGUCUGUUGGUUUGUAUAUAAUAUCAGGAAGUUUCUCUGAGGAAAUGGAUAUGUCUUCUCAAAAAUACCCAGUCAAAAAACGAGUGAAAAUCCAUCCCAACACAGUAACAGUGAAAUAUACUUCUCAUUAUCCCCAACCAGGAGAAGAGGGAGAUGAGGAUGGUAAUGAAGAUACUGGAGUAUUUAUGGAGGAGAAUCCUAAGAAAAGAUUACUGAAUGAUGGGAAAAAGAGAGAAAGGACCUUUUUUGGUACAAUAGACACCCAGCUUCAGUCAGCACAACUGCCAAAAUGCAAUGACACUGGGCAGUUCCAAAAUUUUCCUGAAGGAAGUAUCCUGCAGUCGAGAAAAACUUGGGUAGUCCUUUUUGGAUCUGCUGUGGCUCACGGAUGUGUGGCUCUAAUAACAAGAUUAAUUUCCGAUCGUUCCAAAGUGCCAUCCCUAGAGUUAAUUUUCAUCCGUUCAGUCUUACAGGUGCUGUCUGUUACAGUCGUGUGUUAUUACCAUGAGCCUCCCUUCGGCCCCAAAGGGUACAGACUGCGGCUCUUCUUCUAUGGCGUCUGCAACGUUAUCUCCAUCACCUGCGCUUAUACUGCCUUCUCUAUAGUUCCCCCCAGUAAUGGGACCAUCAUGUGGAGGGCUACCACUACGGUGUUCAGUGCCAUUUUGGCUUUUUUACUACUAGAUGAAGGAAUGGCCUACAUAGACAUAGUUACUGUAGUUGGCAGCGUGUUUGGUGUUUGUCUGGUCAUGAUCCCCAACAUUGUGAGUGAGGAAAACUCUUUGCUGAGCACCUGGAAGGAAGCUUUUGGCUAUACCAUGACCGUGAUGGCAGGUUUGACCACUGCGCUCUCCAUGAUAGUCUACAGGUCGAUCAAAGAUAAUAUCAGCAUGUGGACGGCACUGUUCACCUUUAGUUGGACGGGAACAGCGUGGGGAGCGUCCACCAUGUUUUUCCUUCAAGAGCCAAUCGUCCCACUGGAUGGAGAAACCUGGAGCUAUCUCCUUGCCAUCUGCCUGUGCUCCACAGCUGCCUUCCUGGGGGUCUACUACGCCCUCAGCAAGUUCCACCCCGCUCUGGUCAGCACUGUACAGCACUUGGAGAUAGUCAUCGCCAUGGUCCUGCAGCUCAUUGUGCUGCGAAUCUUUCCAAGUGCUUAUGAUCUUCUCGGUGGAGCAGUUAUUUUGGUUAGUGUUUUUUUCCUUGCGUGUCAUAAAUUGACCUGGAAGAAUUUAGGAAGACAAGAUUACCAAGAGAUUCUGGAUUCUUCCAUUAAAUGAAUUCCACUUUUGCUGUCCGAUCCUGGUGUGUGGCCCUGUGACAGUAAUAUUUCAACUCUGUCUGUUCUAGAGUAGUCGUCGGGUUCUGUCUCUACUGUUUAAAUUCACAGCUGAUGUAGCAAUGUUGGUAUUUCCAGAGUUGCAUGACAGGUGAAUUUGUUCUAGUGUGUAAAAUCCCUGACGUUUUUUGACAUAUGAGAAAAGUAUAUAUGUCUCCAGCAUGUAGGGUAUGUGAGCAGAAGCGUAGGCUGGCCUACAAAAGUGCAGGCCAGGUCGUAGGCAGUUGCCUGCUCACCUUCCCUGGAUAAGACAACACAGAGACAGGGGGGUUCACUAGUGACUCUCAUUCUCAUGUACUGUGAUAGUAGGAAAAUGAACAGUGAAAGCAUUAAAACAGUGAACCAGAGUAUUUAAAUCCCAUGUAACACUUCCUCUGUGUUGACUGUAGUAUUUUAAAUGAAGUAAUGCUAAUAUUUCUGUGGUUUUAACUUGCAUUUCCUGUGUGUAUGCAAAGAAAAGAAUAAAUCAGUAAAGCUUUC